CCUGUAGCUUCGAGAACUGUCCUUGCAGACAGCGUGUUCGUGGUGUGCGAAUGUAAUAUGGUCCUCUGCCCCAGAUUUACAGAUGGUCGGUUCUAUUUUUAUCUCCUUGAUGCUACACUAAGCUCUAUCGCUAUUUCUAUUUUCCUGUUACAGUCUCCCGUCAACCGUUUUCGACCUGGGGCAGUCCCCACCAGGUCGCACCCAGAGACCCCUCCUUCUCCCGGUCCCCUCAAUGGUCCUCUGAACCCCGCCGCGCCCCCGCCACAGAGCUGCAGUCCUCCGGGCGGCCUAGAGGGGCGCGCCGCCCCCCACUUCCGGCGCGCUCCGCCCGAGGUCAUUCUGCCCCUCACCUGGGGUCAGUCCUCGCCGCCCGCGGAGCGAAGGCAUCGUCCACCUCAGGAGCUCCCUGAAGCAUCAGAACUCAGAAGAAAUCUCGUAGACACAGACCCAUCUGCUCAGCACUUUGGCUAGGCAGCCUCUGAAUUCAGAUUGUCUCUGCCCAGAAUGGCAGGGAAGUCUGCAGCCUUGGCCUACUGUGCUCCAAAAGGGCAAGAAAGACUCAUCGUGGUGAAGGUCGAAGAAGAAAACUGUGUUUGGGGGCAGGACUUUGGCCGUCAGGGAAACGCCUGUAGCCAGGAGGCCUUCCGUCAGCGGUUCAGGCAGUUUGGCUACUCUGACUCCGCGGGGCCCCGGGAGGCGCUGGGCCGGCUCCGUGAGCUUUGCUGUCAGUGGCUGAGGCCCGAGGUGCUCAGCAAGGAGCAGAUCCUGGAGCUGCUGGUGCUGGAGCAGUUCCUAGCCAUCCUGCCCGAGGAGCUGCAGGCCUUGUUCCGAGAGAACCGACCAGAGAGCGGAGAGGACGCCGUGGAGAUGUUGGAGGAGCUGGAGAAGGAGCUCGACGAGCCAAGGCAACAGGACACAGCUCAUGGCCAGGGAAUGACCUGGAAGGAAAUGACAUCUGUGGGAGCACUGAAGUCACCGAGUAUCCAGCUCCAGCCCUUGGAAAAGCGGGGCAAGAAUGAGACUCAGGAGUGCCAGGCUUUCUGUGAGAGAGAGUUAAGGUCUCAGCACUUCCCAGAUGGUCCAGUGGUUAAGAAUUCGUCUGCCAAUGCUGAGGACACGGGUUCCAUCCCUGGUCAGGGAAGAUCCCACCUGCCUCAACUAAACCAGUCCAGCACAACUACUGAAGCCCAUGCUCCACCACACGAGAAGCACCCCAGUAAGAAGCGUGUGCACUGCAAGUAGAGAGUAGCUGCCUCGCCGCAACUAGAGAAAGCCUACAUACAACAGCGAAGACCCAGCAUAAUAAAAAAAAAUUAAAAUUAAUUAAAAAAUUUUUAAAAGAAACUUAGAAAAAAUUAAGGUCUCUAAUAGAAUUUUCUAAUAAUACCCAUAAUAUUCAAAGACCAGUAUUCUGUUUUUUAAUAUUAUGGUCCUACUGUCGAGGCAAUCCCUAAGAUGAAGACGAAUAAUGUAUCAGUAAGAGAAAUUACAUGGUAGCUUGAACAGGGAAAGUUUAGCAUUAAGAAUUAUUAACUAUGACAGGGGAUUAAUUACUAACUAGUUUUUAAAAUCCCCAUUAAGUAUACAGAAAUAACACAUGUAGGGAGUCUCCGGGAUUGAGGUGGAUCACCCCAGAAAGGAACCAGUCUGCAAGAGGGUGCCACAUCCUCUCCCUCCCCUGGCAGAGCUGAGGUCCAGACCUUGUUGAAGAGGGCACAGCUGUGGCCCGCUGAAAUGUUCCCAGAAGUGCUUGCUGGCAGACUUGCUGGGAAACUGCUCUUUGGGGUUUGAGGAUAGCCAUUCAUGGGUCAGGGGAGAGUGUUGUGUUCUAGGGGGCAGAAUUCACUAAGAAGCCACCUUUUUGAGUGCCAGGAGCCCCCCAUGGGGAGGUGCCAUGACACGGAACUUAGUGGAAAGCCAUGCUGAGGGAUGGUGCCCUGCACCUUGCAGGGAAACAAAGAGAGCACACCAGAACCAGGAAGGGAAGACCUUCCUCCUCCAGUGUCUGUUUGGCCCCUAUUGUUAGAGCGCACGUCGUGUCAGCGGCCAGGAGAAGUGUGUCACAGGCAGGGCAUCGAAGCGUGGGCUUGAAGCUGACCAGGGGGCUUUAUGUUAUUGGCAAAGUCAUCCCUAUGGGCAGCACAUACAUCAGGCUUAUUAACUUGUUUUCAUGAACGAGUUUGUUACACCCACCUACCCUUCUGAUUUCAUCUUUACCAAACAAUCUUAUUAAGUUCCCAUGAAACUUAGCUAUAAUAAAAAAGUACAUUAGUCUAGUCUGGUCUGUGUGACGGUUACAUUACUCAUUCAUUCUUAUUGUGGUUUUCCUGCUCAGUUUCAUGAGCUUGGCUAAUGAGAGUUGACCCCAAGAGGUAAAUCUAUUCAUUGUAUGAUGAUAAAGUUAGGUUUAUGAGGCCACAAGGUCAAGGGCUAGCUCUCAGAUUUUGGCAGUUCACCAAAGGAACUCAUGCAUCUGUACGUUGAGACCUCCUGAGAAACUCCCUUCCAGCUCUCCUGACACAUCAUUUGCCAAGUGAACCAUCUUCUGCAUCCAGUAGGAGCUACAUUCAAGUGGAUUUUAACAAUCAUUUCCUCAAGUCCUCUGCCUUAAAGUAGGUAAAUAUCUAAAUCAGUUAGAGUAGAUUAUUUCUAUUUUAAGGUCUUAAGGAAUGAGAGUGUCCUGUAAUUUUUUAAGUCAUUCUUGGUUUUUUCAUUCUGAUAUUUGUUGUGGGCUGAAUUAUGUCCCCCUGCCCCCAAUUUCUGUGUUGAAGCCUUAGCCUCCAGUACCUCAGAAUAUGACUGUGUUUGAGAUAGAGCCUUUAAAGAAGUAAAUAAGUUAACAUGGGAUUGUUAGGGUGAUCUUGAAUCCAGUAUGAUGGUGUCCUUAUAAGAAGAGGAGAUUGGGACAUAACACAAAUUGAGGGACAACCAUAUAAGGACACAGUGGAAAGAAAGCCACUGCAAGCCACAGAGAGGUAGACCUGGAGGGGGGAAAAAAAACCUGUCAACACAUUGAUUUUGGACUUCCAACCUCCAGAACUGUGAGAAAGUAAAUUUCUGUUGUUUAAGCCAUCCAGUGUAUGGUAUUGUGUUAUGGCAGGCAGACUAGCCAACUAAAACAAUCUUAAACUUCUUUUCUGGGUCGAUAUGAACUACUUCCAACUUUAAUUCCAUUUUAUUUUAUUUGUUCAGCAGAGUCCUCAUAAAACACAACCUAUUCUUGAAGGCAGUGAGUACACCACCCUUUAACUUUGUUUUAACUAAGCAUCUCACUGCCUCUGACUCUGUGUUCCAUCUCUCUGGUCAUUCCCCUGGACAUGCUUCAGGUUCUCCACAUUCAUUUGAACCACAGGGAUAAAAAAAUAAAAUACUCUAAUAAAGAUCUGAUUAGUUUAUAAGGUAGAUUCACACCCCUCUUACGUGUUGCACUUUGCAUCUUUUUAUUGUUCACUCUUUCACAGUGGUAUUACAUUUUUGACUCAAUCCAGCCAUCCUCAUCCUCCGUUUAUGCCUGGUUCCCUAAGUAUAUGGCCUUGAAUGGCCUUUACUGGAUUCCUGAUGAAUCUCGUUAUGCUGAUCUCUUUCUUAGUCAUGAGGGUUUCACCUCCACUUCUGAAGGAUUAAUGUGGAUCAUUUCACAUCUUUUACCUAGGUCCUGAGGUUUAAAUCAUUGGAGGAAUCCACUCUGACAGGAUUGUAAGAGCCAUCACGUAAUUUUUACAACCUUACACCCUCGUUAUAUAAUAUAUAAUAUAAUUUUCCUGUAGCUUCUUCACUAGCCUAAUAGUAUGUCUUGCAAGAAGAAAAGUCUGAGUUGAAGAUUUGAGUGCAGGUGGUUUGCUGAGAACAUGCUCUUCAGGAGAACUCUGGAUGGAGUGAGAGAGGUAGGGUUAGGAAGGGGCAAGAUCAAGAAACCUAGCUUUGGCUUAAUCCAUGUGGUGGGGCUUUGCAGGGAUCCCCCCUGGAGCAUAAUUGUACUGCUGAGUUGUCCCUUCUUGAGUUGGGGUGGAGGGUGGUGAGGGUGGAGUAAUUUCCUAGGCCGGGUGGCUUUCAUCUGCCAGGGAAAGUCUCCAGAGAAGGGGACAGCUGUAGGUCAUUAGGAGCCAACAGUUGCAGCAGCUGAGGGAAGGAAGCACCAUACUGGUGAAGGUGAUUUGGGUGGGCAGUGGAGCAUCAUCUUUAUAGUGUUAUCCUGUGCAAUUAAGGCUGAGUCCCUAGGUAAGAGGAUUUUAGACCAUACAGUGUAUUGAAAAGGUAGGGAAGUAGUGGGGUGGGAUGAAAAUGAAAGUGAAAUCACUCAGUCGUGUCCAACUCUUUGGGACCCCGUGGACUGUAGCCUACCAGGCUCCUCCCUCCAUGGGAUUCUCCAGGCAAGAGUACUGGAGUGGGUUGCCAUUUCCUUCUCCAGGAGAUCUUCCUGACCCAGGGAUUGAACCCGGGUCUUCCGCAUUCCAGGCAGACGUUUUAACCUCUGAGCCACCAGGGGAUGUUAUAUAGAAGAGCUUUUCUACAGGGAAACCUAUGGCUUAUUUCUCUUCCAGAGUGCCUCCUAUAAUCUUUACUCUGCCCUCCAGCCUCUGGACUUUGGGCUUGGUUGUGAAUUAUCAUUCAUUCUUGGGAGAUAUUAAUUAGAUUAUUUGGCUUAUUUUUGUACAAAUAUUUCUAAAUACUCAAGUAGUCAUUUGUUAUUCUACUUUCAGUCUUUCAUUUCCAUAAAUUAUUCUAGUUAACUGUUUAUCCUAAUAUUUUUAUAUAAUAAACAUAUAUAGUUGAAAGAAUACAAGUCUUGAUAUUUUCCUGAUCUAUACAUCUAAGGUCAGGAUUUUUACUGGUCUCAUGAUUUGACUUCAUGUAAUUACAGAAUUUGAAGAGGUAUUUUCAGUUCAGUUCACUCAGUCGCGUCCGACUCUUUGCAACCCCAUGGAUUUCAGCAAGCCAGGCCUCCCUGUCCAUCACCAACUUCCAGAGUUUACUCAAGCUCAUGUCCAUUGAGUCA